CAAGGUUUUAGAUAACAUGACACCUAAAAAAAAAGAGAUGAAGGGACUAAAAGAUAGGGAAUAUUACCAAAAUAAGAAAGCUGACGAGAAAGUUAAGACUGGUAGUGUAGAGGAACUUGAAGGCAAAAAGAGAACUGAGAGAUAAUUUAAAAGAAACUGACAUAACGAUUCAAACUGAUUUCGCUGAAAAUUACGUGACAAAAGAUGAAUAAGAGAUUCAAUCAAUUAGAUGAGGAGCUUCAAAAAUGAUGCGUCUCUACAAACUGUUUCAUUUGCCACUUUGAGUAAUAAUUUAGACCAUCAGGUUCAUGCUGUAGGGGGUCACUUGAAAUCAGCGUUGCAGAAAAUAUUAAGUAUUAGGCCUUACCUUCAAGGGAGAGACAAAGAACUAGCAGAAAUGGUUUCUGAUAUAAAAGCGUUUAUCAAAAAGCUUGAGUUUUGGGAACAACACAUCAAUGGCGAUUCCAGGCAUUUUCCUGUUAUAUAUAAGAUAUCUCAAAGUCUAUUAGAACCACAUGACAACAGAAGCUAA